AUGAUAUGGUGCAAGUUGUCAAUAAAUUGAUUUUACUAACAUUUUAAUGUUAUAGGAAGAAUUAUUUGAUGUUAAAAAAAGUGUGCAAAUAUGUGUAAUUGUAUAUAUCAAAAUAUUUAAGAUGAAUCUACAUCAAAUUGUUAGUGGUGCCUGCAAUGCUGGCGAUAAAUGCUUCGCUGUUGGUUCAGUUGAAGGUGUUCCUUUUACUGCAUAUGCAGCAGGUUGUAACAUAGUUAUUCUUGCCUCAAACUUUGAAAGAGUGCAGAUAAUACCAGGUGCCAUACAUGACUACAUAAGGAUAACAUCUAUAGAUUGUUCUAGUGAUACUGGAAAGAUUGCUGCUUCCUAUGAUGAUGUUGUUUGUAUAUACGAACCAACACCCCUAAUCCAUAACAAUUCUUUACAUAGGGCUAGUUUAAAGCUGACUACAAAUAUUAAGGGUUUAGAUUAUAGGUGGGUACAAACCGGUACCUUAAAAACUGAUUCUGCAACACGUGCAUUAAGUUGGAACUUGGAAGGUACCCGUUUAUUAACAGCUGGCACUUAUGUCCAAUUGUGGCAUUUAAAAUCACAGGCAGACGAAGAUAUUAAGCAAACAUCCGUAACAUUUACUCUAGGAGGAGGUCAUCAAGAUGGUGAUGAUCCCCACGAUGAACCUGAUAAACCACAAGAGCAAGAACAAACUUCAUGGCAAUGCGUUUGGAAAGCUAAUACUGCCAUUCCUGUCCAACAUUUGGCAUUUAGUCCUGAUGGUACUCUUUUCGCAACUUGUGGAGAAAAUGAUAGACUUGUUAAAAUUUGGUAUGAAAAUAGGCAUGUGCUCUUUACAUCAAAAAGCAUGGAAGGACCUCUGGAAUUGGACUAUAGUUUUGUAUACAUUGCUCAUCCAAGAGCUGUGACUCAUAUUUCUUGGAGGACUACUAGUAAAUAUAUGCCCAAGGGAUCAGUAUCAAACAUGUUGGUAACUUCUUGCAAAGACAACAUCUGUCGCUUGUGGGUGGAAACCGUUUUACCAGAAGAUGGCUUGGUCAAUUUAUCUCAACUAGACCCACAGGCACACCAUCCCAAAUUUAGAACCCACAGACACAAACAUCGAUUUAUGCAACGCCUCAAACAUAUGAAGACCUGCUUUCACAUACGACGCAACGCAAAAGAUCAGGGACAUGGUAAAGGCUAUACAUCUCCACUUAUACCAACGUUACCAUCUACAUACAGCGUUCACGAUUUUCAUUCCUAUGGAUAUCAUGGCACAGGUAUAACUCCUGGUCUACAUUUUCAUCUGGCUGCGUCGGUGAAUGCUGAAACCGACAUACCACUUGUUCCAAGCAUUAACUACUGCAGUCCAAAACCGGCGUUUGUUCUUCACUGGCUGGACAAUAAAGAAAUGCAAUUCAGUCUGCAAGCAGAAUUGUUUUUAGAAGAAUUCGCCAGACCUGUAGUAGAUAAUCCAGAUUCAGAGGAGACUGAAGAACAUGCGAUGGAAUCUGGUGGAUCAGACGGGGUUGAUGUACGAAUCGAAAGUUUCCUUAGAGAUUGGCAUCACAGUCCUGACUUGUUAUUUAGUAUUCAUCCGGUCGAUGGAAGCUUUCUAAUUUGGGUGGUAGAAUGGUUGGACGAAUUUCAUCCGGGUUCAUUCAGACAAGCUCAAGUGUCAUUUUCUACUCGCAUACCAUCUGCUUUUCCACUGGGUGACUCUAUGAGUAUGUCAACGACUGUUAGUCUUUAUAAUACUACACCUCUACUUAAACAUUUGGUCAAGGAUGCCAUUCAUAAAGACGUUAUUUACGAUAGGAAUCUAACGAGUGUAAAGGAAGAAGACGAAAAUAAGUCGCAAAAAGAUGUUUUACUACCGCCCGCAGAAGAUCAAAACGAAGCCACCCCUGUAGUUUCAUUAGUAACGAAACACGACAACGGCACUCUAAACUUGUGGCAAAUAACUUUUGCCGACAAAAGCAAGUUCAGUCAAGUAUUAAGUAUUGGAUAUAAGAGUAGAGCCUCUGGUCAUAGGUUUAGAGUAAACGAUAUUACUUGUCAUCCUGUAUUACCGCUGCUACUGACCACAAGCCAUCACAACAUCAUUGAAGAGAAGUCCAAAGAACACAACAAAACGGGUUUCUGCAGCGAACUUAUUCUAUGGAAAGUGGAUGCGGUAGGCCCUUUAUCGAAAUCUGGUGGAAUAUGUGAACUGGCUAGAAUCAGCUCACCGGAACCGUCAGCUUUCAGUAACGUAGCAUGGAUACCAACACUGCUUCCCUCCACUACACUAGGCAAUCUUUCGAAUUCUCCUAGCGCAUGCUUUGUAGCUUCAGACGGCCAAUGUCUCAGAGUUUAUCAAGCAGUUAUUGAUGCCAGGACCCUAUUAGCCGAUUUAUCUUUCAAAGAAAACAGAAAGUACGAUGAAAGCGAUGGUUUGUCGGAUUUGUCGUCAUUUAAUCAAGAGAGUCUUCUAGAAAAUAUUAAUAUUGUAUCUCAACAGAGUACUUCGAGGCCUGGAUGUAUUAUACAAUUGGAAACUGUAUCCGAAGCUAUAAAAUGGCAAAACACUACGUUCCUUCAUGUCUAUCAAGAACAACUUAUUACUGGUCAGAAAAGUACUCCUAUUAACCUAUCUGGAAAUGACGCUAUGGUUGACCUUCAACAAGCUUCGGUGUUCAAAGAACCAUUCUUUAUAGUCCUCUUAGACUGUACAGAUCAAAAUACCAUUAUACAUAUGUGGAAAUUAAUCAUUUCGUCAACCGACACCGAAUACUCCCUCACUAGUAGCCAGAUGUAUGUACCAGAUUCUGUUUUGGUUCAAGAUGAGAAUGAUCUGUCCAGAAAGAAUAGCUUGGAGUCGUUGCAUCUAAAACCCUCGAAGGUCAGCCCUCAUAUCAAUCUAACAGUCACUAGAGAAAUCAAACAAAUAUUACCCCUCUCAGAUGGUGUAGAAAUAGUCCAUGCUACUCCAGCUGCGGGUCACUUGAGUUCUGCUUCCAUCUACCCUGCCUGUUUGGCCCCCUACUGUUUUGCUACUGCGUGCACAGAUGGAAUCAUCAGAUUUUGGACAGUUUCAACCAAUCCGAAACAAGUAAAAGACUUAAGCCAUUUGAUGUUGGAAGAGGAUGGGUCGAUAGUUAAUACUGGGCAAGUCUGGAGCGAAUGGAACAUGAUUAAGGAGUCCGCUAUUGAAAUAGAGGGACAGGUACUAAACAUUAGUGUUGCUUAUUCUGGAAGACUUGCUUGUGCUUACAAAUAUGGAAAGAGCUUUACCAGGCCUAAUAAAAGCGAUCAAGAUUCCAGAUUCAUCAAUUUAUGUGUUGCUAUAUACGAAUGUGAAUCAACUGGAGGUAGCGAGUGGAUCUUGGAAGACGUAAUUCAUCUCAAAAAUAUACAUCUUCCACGUAUCGAUAUUAAUAAACAUCUAGAUUUGAGCUAUUUAUACGAUUCUAAAACGUUAAAGAAAAAACAAAGAAUUAAUGAAGUGUUGCAUACAUUUGCUGGAGAUGAUAGGCAAACUUUAGCUACCGAACCUUGCAUUAAAUCAACAUUACUGGCUGUACCAAGCUUUACUACAUUACAAUCUUUGAGAAAAUCUAUUUCUGAAAAGGGUAAUAUAUGUCCUUUAACACAGAAACAUAUUGUGCAGUUAGAUUGGGUUUCAAAUGAAGAUGGAUCGCAUAUUUUAACAGUAGCAGUUGGUAGCAAGAUAAUGCUGUACACUCCUCUCUCCACGGACUUAGCACAAGCCAACGUCAAGGCUAUGAAAGAAAGUCUAAACAAUUACAGACCGAUUUUGAGGAAAGCCAGUUCUUUGGCUCAACCUAUGUUCGUUGAUGAUUUCAAGUGGAUGACUUUAAGGAAAAUCGAACUGCAAACUGCAGAUGGCUUACCUGCAUUACCUAUGCAGAUUAGUUGGGUGAGAGAUGGUAUUUUGGUGGUUGGUAUGGAUUCAGAGAUGCACGUUUAUACGCAAUGGAAGCCUCAGAAUCCUAAUUUACAAAAUCAAGUUAGCGAAGUCGAUGGAAAGAAUGGACGAGAUGUCGAUUUUCGAACUUUAACUCAAGAGAACCAGAAAAAACUAGCAUCUGUACCUACUCUUGGAAGAAUAAGUUCAGUAAACUUGCAAAUUCUUGACAGGAAAAGAAACAAGGAACAGAAUGUUGAUUAUAUGCCAGAUUAUGGAUUAUUCGAGGCUUCUCGAAUAGCUUGUCCAGUUUUGCCACAGUAUCAUCCUAAACAACUUAUGGAAUUGUUGAAUUCUGGAAAAAUAAGGUGGGUAAAAGCAAUUUUGGCCCACUUAGUCAAAUGCAUAGGUGGUAACCAAGACCCAUCAGAAGAAAUACAAGGUUGGACACGUAGUCGAACUCUAUCCGUCAGUUACCCACCAGGAAGUCCUGAACAUAGAACCAGCAUCGGUGAAAUCAACUUGGACUAUGAUGAAAUCAACAAUAUUCCACCUCUGCCAUUGUGGACUCUUCUAGCCGCUGAUAAAGAGUCAUCUACCAGCCAAGAAGAACAGAAAGAUUACAAUGAGUUAUUUGAUAGUAAUGUUGCAAUGGAGGAAAGUUUGGAAAACUUGUUGGAAGAUCAGGAGGACCAGCGUAGACCGUCAGAAAGAAAUGUGGGUGUUACGCAUUUUACUCCAAAGCAAGGGAGGAUAUUAUCCAGACUUUUAACGCACAUUCAUUUACCAGGUUUGUCGAGUUUGGACCAAAUGCAUCUUUUGGCGCUGGCUGAUACUGUAGCAACAUGCAAUACGGAUUUGGCUGAAAGAUUUGCAAUCGACGCUGCAAAAUCAGCUAUGAUUAAAGAAAAUUUAAUCGGACAAAAUGAAGAAUUGAUGACUGACAAUUUGGAUGAUUGCGGUUUAAGAUUUUUGUUGGCCAUGAAGCAUUAUGGAUAUUUACUAAGAUGUCUUCCAUUGGCUCAAAGGACACAGUUCCAAAAGCAAGGUGUUGGCAACAACAAUUUAGCAUGGGCCUACCAUUCAGAAAGCCAAGAAGAACUAUUAAAUCUAAUUCCUAGCUAUGCGAAGGGAGAACCCACUUGGCCGCAACUAAGGGAACUUGGAGUCGGAUGGUGGAUAAGAAAUUUAAAUUUGCUAAAAACUUCUGUUCAAGUACUUGCUAAAGCCUCUUUUCAAGUUAAUCAAGACCCAAUGGAUGCGGCUUUAUAUUAUUUAGCUUUGAAUAAGAAGAAUCUUCUGUGGGGAUUGUACAGAUCCAAAAGAGAUGAUCGAAUGACUGCCUUCUUUUCUAACAAUUUCACCGAAGAUAGAUGGCGCAAGGCAGCUCUUAAAAAUGCAUAUGCUCUUUUGGGAAAACAACGAUUCGAUCAUGCAGCUGCGUUUUUCUUGUUAGCUGGAAAUCUGAAAGAUGCUGUAGAAAUAUGUCUUCAUCGAUUGCAAGACUUGCAAUUAGCUCUCAUCAUCGUUAGAAUUUACCAGGGAGAUGGCGAAUACCUAAAGAAAUUAUUAUACCAAGAAAUAUUAGGACGUGACGAAAAUGGAGAAAACCAAGAUAUGACUAAAGCACAUCCAGACCCCUUCUUACGGUCAAUGGCUCUGUGGACACUGAAAGAGUAUCAGCCCUCCUUAGAUACUUUGUUGGUAGGUAACGCUGGUACCCAACAUCCUGCUCACGAUGAAGAAGCUCGAGAAACGAAAGAGGCAGAUCCGAAUGUAUUUAACUUUUACGUGUACCUUAGAACUCAUCCUCUUCUAGUUCGGCAACAUUUGUCCAACUAUGGUAAAAGAAAGGUAUGGAUGCCAGGUGGUAAACAAAUUGUCGUAGACGAAUGGGUUACGCCUUUGGAGAGACAGUUAUAUUUUGCUACUGCCCACGGACAUUUUAGAGCCGGUUGUCCCGCUCUAGCUCUUGAAGUUUUAUCGAAACUUCCGUUUGUUGUAUCUGAGAAACCUAAACAGCAAUCAGCCGAAUCCAGUAAGUGUAAUGUUCAGGAUAAUUCAACUAUUGCUACUGGAACCGUUACAUCAUGGGAUAGUAAACCUCAGCUUAGUUCUGAUAUUGACUGGGGGGCUCCUGUCACCGGAUCCGGGGUUAAAACUGACGAUUUCGAAUUAAAAUGGAGUGAUGAUGAGCAUGAAGAGUCCGAAGAUUCUGAUGGAGGUUUAAGUAUGUCUAUUGGUAAGAAAAAAGAGGAAGAAAAGGAGGAUGAAGUAAUAGACGAUACGGACGAUAAAGAUAACGAAGAAGAAAAACAACAGCACAUCGAUAUCAUGGCACAACAGUUGAAGUUUGUAGCAUGUUUGAAGAUUUUAAUGGAAGAGCUUUCCACCUUAGCUACUGGAUUUGAAGUUGACGGAGGCCAAUUGAGGUACCAGCUUUAUAUGUGGUUGGAAAAGGAAGUAGAAGCUCUUAGAGAACUGUGCAAUUAUACUUCGUCAAAUGUAUCAAAUAUGCCAGAUAUAGAACAAAGUCCGGAACCUGAAAACAUUGCCAGCGUUGAUGCUUCUGGUAAACCUACUCUUCAUGAGAUAUUAGUUCAAGAAAAACUCGAUUUCGAAGCCAAAGUGCAACGCGCAGCUAAGAGAAAGCGCUGGUUAAGAGCCAACGAAACUUUGUUACGCACCUUAUUAAGUUACUGUUCGCUUCACGGUGCUACUGGUGGCUUGGCAUCCGUACGAAUGGAGUUAAUGUUAUUGUUACAAGAACUGCAACAGGAAAAAACUCAUCAACAACUGCUUAGUCCACUUCCAUUCCCUACAAGUCUACCACUAUUAGCUGCCAGUGUUGCUAGUAGUAAAACUGUUGUUGCUGAUCCCAUCAGAUAUCUCCAGUGUUUGACGCAUGACAUGUUACAAACAUUGAUGGAAUUACAACAGCCACACACUGGACAGAAUCAGUUACUAGUCAUAAGAGAUCUAGCAAUAGCUUUAUCUGCUUGCAUUUAUCAAUCACUGUGUGAUUCAGAUACCUUCAAAAAUUCGUUGCAAGAAGCUCAGGAAAUCGGUGCUACAUUCUUAGUAGGUCGGAAGAGACGGAUAUCUGUUAACGAAGGCCAUUCUAUAAUAACCAUUCCAUCUAAGUGGCCGGGUGUUACGAGUUUGAGAUCUCUUCUCGCGAGGGAAAAGGACGACGACACUCCUAGGCUAACUGUUAUCCUCUGCGAAUCUUUUACAGCUGUAUAUCUGUCCUUAGUAUUGUAUGGACUGGUUACAUAUGAUUGUAUUAUUUUGUUCCACGUCAAUGCGCACAUAUUUGAUUCAGAUGUAUGGGGAAAAUUAUUUGGAGGAGGUAUCAAAAAGCUUCUACGCACAGCUAGUCUAGCCGGAAAUCCUCAUCACCCUCAGUAUCUUUCCCAACAAAGUGUCAAAACUCCUUCUACCGAUGAAACUAAUGGACCUGCCACAUGGCUGAGUAAACAAAGAGUCAAACUCAAUACCAAGCUUUUAGGUCAACAGCCGUCUAAAAUGAAGGAAGAUAAACCAACUUAUAGGGAGCAAUUUGUUCCUCCUGAAAUGAGUGUUUUGGCUUAUUUAUUACAAAAGCCUGCAACCAUUGAUUACAUUGAGGAAGUAGAAAGUGAUAUAGAAGAAGAAGACGAAGACGAGGAUGUAUUUGAUGCUCCUGUAACUAAAACCAUUAAAACAGUUAACAACGAGCAUUCAGAUCCUAACUCUUAUUCUUGGUUGGUGUUGCGAUUGGCUACCCUUAGAAUAGUUCAAAAUAAAAUCAACGAAUUUUUGGCAGUUGCUGGUUUGGAAACACCCGAACUACCAGUAGCGAGUCCAUUAAUUCACAGUAGUUUAAGAAAGUUGACGUGUUGGCAAGAAAGUUUAAAGAAGGAGCUUGAAAGCAGACAAACGCCGCCCGAGUAUAUACCUGGAUGUUUCGUUGAAAACUCGAAUGGUCCAGUUAUACAGAAGUAUAGGCAACUUUUGGAACCGCACAACACGCCGUUCAGUGGUAAAAGUUCAGCUGCAGCAGCUAGGCACCUCUGGACGUAUUUAGUUCGUCAAGAAUUGGUCCAAGAUAUAUUUAUAAGAGCUGUAUUUGGGAAAAGAAGAUCUUCUGGCGCUGUAGAAGAAAUUUUACCUCAUCCUGAACCGACUGUUUUAGAACCCGUCAGAAUUAUUCAUAAAGAACAAGAUUCGAUAUCUGCGUUCUCCUUAAACCAGGUAACCAGUGGUCUUAUAGCGAUUGCUACACCAAGAGAGCUUCAGGAAAUGGAUAUUUCACUUCUACUAGAGUUACCUGCGUGGUUAGAAGACGAGUGUGAACUGGACAUUCUCAAUUUCAACAAAGAGGUACCCGAUCCUACGGUUCCCCCAUUCUUAGUAAUUCAAAGUUCCACCGAUAAAGGAAAGGAUACACAACCGGGAAGUCCACAGGCGGGAACUGCUGGUCAGAGCGGAAGGGGAACUAGUGUUGUUCUCAAACACAAAAUCGAUGGUAUCAGAAGAAUCACAGCACAUCCAUUGUUACCUUUAUAUUUGACUGGAGGUCAAGAUGGUUCAGUACACUUAUGGGAAUGGGGUCACCAACAACCCGUUGCUGUACCCAGACCUCCUGGAACGUAUGCGAAAGUAACCAGAGUGAGAUUUUCUCAGCACGGCAAUAAGUUUGGUGUCGCAGAUUCCGAUGGAAACUUAAGUUUAUUCCAAGUGGGUUUGAGUGUUAAUGCUACAAGACCAUUUUUCACACUUCAGUGCCAUAAUAAGGGCAUCAGCGACUUUGUAUUUCUUGGUUCAUGCAGUCUUUUAGCUACAGCUGGCCACAGUUCCGAGAGUAAAAACGUCUGCAUUUGGGACUCAAUUCUUCCGCACGGAAAGGCGUUAGUAAUGCCGUUCACUUGCCACGAUCAAGGUGCCGGUAGUUUGGUAUUUGCCCCGCAGCACCAGGUUCUAAUAUCGGCUGGUAAAAAGGGUGACGUCUGUCUCAUCGACGUCCGAUCCAAGGCAAUAAGGCACAAAUUCUCUGCUCACGAAAGCGCUGUAAAAUGUAUAGCCAUCGACCCUCACGAAGACUAUUUCGCCACUGGAUCUGCCGAUGGAGAUAUUAAGAUCUGGGGUGUGACAGUUCCAAAUGUCCUUCUAUCUCUACCAGCAGAACAUGCUCGUAGUAGUUUCUUCAAGAACAUUGGUCAAGGAGUCACCCAGUUACACAUCGAUAAUCAUUCUCGAUUAUUUUCGUGCGGAGCUGAUGGUAGCAUGAAAGUCAGGCAAUUGCCAGAAAGGGAAUCCCUACAGAGUCAUCAUUAAAUUAAUAUAAAUGAGUGUUACUUUUAUCAAAUAUGAUGCCUACGUUAUUUCAGCCUAAACAAUAGUAAUGUAAGAAACAAUUACAGUUAUGUAUACUUAUAUUCAGAGUUUAUUCUAAUUUUAGACCUAUAUACGUCAUCACAAACGUCAUGUGACAAUAAAAUACCGAAUUCAAUCUAAUUGACUACAAAUUCUAGGUUUUCUGUACAAUUUUUGAUAAUUAUUUGUUGACUGGUUUAUCACUUUUCUUAAUUUUCAUAAUUCCUUGGUUUAUAGAAGUAGUACAUUCUUCUGUCUUUAUUUUAUCAUCGUUAUUUAGAUUCGAAAUUUCUUUUGCAAUUUUUAUUUUAAUCCAACUUAACCUAUGUACCUAUAUACCAUAUAUCUAUUAAAAUUGCAUCUGUUUUAUAAUUGUAUCGACCUGUUUUAAGUACUUCUUCGAGGCAUUGCCUCAGAUAAUUAUUCAUUCGAUCACUGAAAUUGAGCAGUCUUCUAGUUGUUGCUUGCAAAUUAUUAACAUCAAGAAAUGGGUAGUAAGAAGCUAAUGAGAAACAAAGAAAGUGCUUUGUUCAUAUUUUUUAAAAUAUUUUUAUAAUAUUUACAACAUAUUCAGUAUCUGUUAUGUAAGUAUUAAAAUAUCCUUCUCCUUUUUGGGUGAAACACUAAAUAAAUAUUUAAACAAUUUUAAGUGAUCAGCACUAAAUAAUGUCCAAAUAAUUGUUGUUGAACUUUAUUUAAAAAUAUAUCUAUUGUAUUAUUAGCUGUUGAACUGUAGUUACUAUGUAUAUCUAGUAAAUAAUAUAUUUAAAAAAUUUAAAUAUUGUAUGUACUUUAGAAUUGUAAAAUUUUAAAUAGAAUAAAUCAUAUAAUUAUU